AUGGGCAAAUCUUGGAAUGAUUUGUUUCCAUUUCUGCUAGCUACUUAUAUAGUGGACAAUCAGAAGGCUAGGACCAACAGUCUGUCAGGCGGCCCCCUCACCAGCCACUUCAAGCCGAUCCAGUUUCACUUUCACUGGGGCAAAGAGGACGACAGGGGCUCCGAGCACACAGUGGAAGGGCAGAAUUACUCCGCAGAGCUCCACAUUGUUCACUGGACCAAGGAUAAAGGGGCCUCCUUCUCCGAGGCAGCCUCGGCUCAGGGUGGUCUGGCCGUUCUAGGGAUGCUGAUUAAGGUCGGCCAGGAACAUUCGGAGCUUCAGAAGUCUCUUAGGUACUGCAGUGAGAUCAAAUAUGCCGGGGAUGAGAGGAAGUUAGCUGAUAACGACAAUAUGCAGCUGACGGCCUUGCUGCCAAAGAAUACCACUGCCUAUUGGACAUAUAGUGGGUCCCUUACAACACCGCCAUGCUAUGAAUCCGUGAAUUGGAUUGUAUUCAAAGAGCCAAUUGAAAUGUCGCGAGCACAGCUGGAUGCACUGCGCGAUCUCCGCAGCCACAAGGCUGGUACCUGUCCCAGUGAAGACGACGAGUUUUGUGGCCACGUGGUCGACAACUACAGGCCUCCUCAACCACUGAAGGGACGCGUCUUAAAAUGUUGUCAGUAACAGAGAGAAGAGACA